CUUUGAAAGAGGCAUGUUUGUAAACUGAUCGUGGAGCAGAUGUCAGUGACAGCCAUCAGCGGUUGUUAUCCUGAUCGGAGAGACUUUGAACAGACCGCAGAUCAGUCAAGUCCUCAGCUGUAUGAAGAGGAGGACCUGUACCGGCGACAAACACGAGAAUUAAAAUGACGGACUCCUCAGUGGCUGAGCAGCAGCCAUGGUGCUCUCUCACCUCCCUCUCCUCUUCCUCAACCUUCUCCUUUUCUCCCCCUCCCUAUCACACACCCCUACCUCUACCCACGGGCCUGAUCCCAGUCAUGGAGCUCCUCCUGCCGUGGCUGCAGCAGCUCCCAUUCUGCAGGAGCAUCCCUUCGUCGUGGUGUGGAACAUGCCAACCGCUCUUUGUGAGAAACGCUACAACAUCAAGCUGAACCUGAGGGACUUCGACAUCAUGGAGAACAGACGGCAGCGUUUCCAGGGACAGAAUAUGACCAUCUUCUAUCGUGACCGGCUGGGGAAGUAUCCGUACCUCUCUAGAGAUGGCUGGAAAGUAAAUGGAGGAACACCUCAGCUUGGCGACCUCUCAGCUCACCUAUCCCUUGCAGAAACUCAAAUUUCCAGCUCUCUGCAUCCAAAAUUCAACGGUUUAGGUGUUGUUGACUGGGAAGAGUGGCGGCCAUUAUGGGAGAGAAACUUUGGAACCAAGAUGAAGUACCGUAAGCUUUCUAAGCAGCUGGUAAAGCAGGAGAGACCUGAUUUGUCUGAGAGAGCAACAGAAUCUUUGGCGAGGCUGAAGUUUGAGGAGAGCGCUCGCAGGUUUAUGGAGGAGACACUGCUGGUGGGGGUGAGAGAUCGACCCAAAGGAUUCUGGGGAUUUUAUGGCUUUCCUCCAUGCUUCAAUAAACCAAAGAGACAGAGACAGAAAGAUAUAAGCUACACAGGACGCUGCCACAUGGGCACUGAACAACAAAAUGACCGCCUGUCCUGGAUGUGGCGCCAGUCCACCGCUCUCUAUCCCAGCGUUUACCUUCCUCUGAGGCUGGCAGGAUCCACAGACGCUGCUCUGAUGGUCAGACACAGACUACUGGAGGCUUUGAGAGUGGCAUCAGUUUUGCAUCGUAGUAACAGCUCCAGCCAAGCCACACCGGUCCUUCCCUAUGCCAGGCUAGCAUUCUCACACACCCUCACCUUCCUUAAUAAGACAGACCUGGAGCACACCCUGGGGGAGAGCGCAGCAUUGGGAGCUGCUGGAGUCGUGCUGUGGGGAGAGCUGAAAUUUGCCAAGUCUGAGCAUCAGUGCGUCCUGCUCAGAGACUACAUCCAUGCUGUCUUGGGUCCGUUUAUUCAGUCGCUAAGAUCUGACACUCAGCGCUGCAGCCUCAAGCUUUGCCAUGGUAAUGGACGCUGUGCCCGGCGCCACACCAGCUCAGGUCACAUGAUGUCAAAAACAUCUGAAUCAAAUCAGUUUGAACACUUCCUGUGCCAGUGCUAUCGGGGCUGGACUGGACAAGAAUGUCAAAAGAAGGACACAAGACAGAAAAACAGUUAACUUCAAGGUUUUUUCUUUCAGAUAAAGAUGCCAUCAGGUUGUGCCCAUCUAGGUCUGAGGUGUCUAUACAAGCAGUUUCUAACGUGUCAGCUAUUUGUUGUAUGUGAAAAAAAGAUGAAAACAAUAAAUUAA